CUAUCAUAAUAUUAUUAUCAUUGGUAAAUGGUAAUCGUCAUAUUAUUUCGAUUUUCGGCCACGAGGCUACGACAUCACGGAGUAGCCGAGUACGUUAUUACUUAUUGUCGGACUGUCGGUAUUAUUUUUUUUUUAUAGUCGUAACUCGUAGAUCGUAGUACAUUAUACGUUGGUUACAUUAUACACCGUCUUAAGUAAUUUUUCAAUCGCCAUCCAUUGUUAUCGGUAAUUCAGUGUUUUUAAUUUUGUGUUUAAGUCUUACAAACAUUAGCUACAAUUCAAAAAAAGCAAACUUGAUGGCUCGAUGGGAAGUCGUUCUUUUCUAUAAAGACGAUAGUAUAGAAGCAGUGCCUGAUAAUUGGGUCAAAAAAGGAUUUUGUGCUUGGCCAAAAUCAACAAAAAAUGUAAAAAUAUUAAUUAAAAACCGAUGUAAGCCAAAUAAGAUGGAUUUUACAUACUAUCCAGCACGCAUAUUAGGAACUAAAAACUAUGCAACAUUAGCUGAAGCCCAAGCCAAACUACCAAGGGCAGCUUUUAAUUCUGAUUUAUCUACAGAAGAUGAAGUCAUAAUAAAAAAUAAAAAAUUAAGCUCUGGUGGAUUAAAAAACACUAAAAAUAAUGCUCCUCCUCUAUACAAAGAUGUCUGUUCUAGAAAUUCUACAAUGAUUCAAUCAAAUAAUAGUGCAAUAUUUUCAAGUAAAAAUGGUGAUAGACUUUUUGAAGUAGACCAAGAAAAUACUUAUCUUGAAUCAUUGGCUGUUAAAGAUCACGAUGGGUCAAUAAGUGAUGUCCAGGAUGAUUCAGAUAAUGACCCAAACUGGGAAAUUAAUUGCUUAAACUAUAAAGUUAGCGAUGAUGAUUCAUCUUCAAAAAGAAGUAUUAUUCAACCCGAAACAAAUGCUGUAUUAUUUUCACCUAACACACAGAUCUGGAAAGUUGAUGCAUUGAAUGAAAAACAACAAACUGAAUUUGAACUUAAUAAUAAAAAUCUGUUUAAUUCACCUGGAAGAAAAUGGAAUAUUUCUAGUGUUGAUAAUGAAACUAAUGAAAGAGUACAAUUGGCAAAUGUGACAAGAACCUUAGUUUUAGAAGAAAGUAGUAAAAUUUUGAAUAAAGAAUCAACUUCAGAUGUAAGUUCGUCAAAGUCAACAAAUCCGUCAUUUAAUGUUAAUGAUAAUAAUGCGUUCAUGACUUCUCAUGAUUUUCAAAAAUUUGUAUUUACUUCUUUAACACAUUUUAAGUACGAUAUAAGUGCUAUGAUGCAUAUUGUUAAAGACACAAAUGAAAAGAUUCAAGCACUCAUAUCUAAAUCAAAUGAAAAUAAUUAUGUAUCAACAGCUAAUCCAAAACUAAGUUGUUUAGAUAUGAAUACUUUUCCUAUAACUACUGAAGACCAACUUAUGGAUAUUGAAAAAAAGAUAGAUGAUAUCCAUUUUAAAAAUGAAUUGGUAUGCAAGUUAUCCUUAUUAAUAGAUAAUAACAAUCUAAACACAAGUGUGAGGAGAAUAAUUUCUCGUUUGUGUGAUGAUAAAUUGCUUUUAAGCUACUCUUUAACAGGAUUCAAACAUAAUAAGACAUUUAAAAAUCUGAACAUUUAUCGUGUACUCAUAGAUGCUGUGAGAAUGAACAUACAAUAUGCAAAAGUUCCAGAUCAAAGAAUUGAUGCCCCGCUACGAGUUUGGUUGGAUCAUUCCAAAUUUAGAAUUAAAGAUAAAGAAGAGAAAAAUAAUAAGACAUCAAAUAACUGUUCUUAAAUUGUUGUUUAAUAAAUAAAUGUUAUUACUUUAAUAAACCUACAACAGUUUUUUCAAUAAAAUGUGAACAUUUAAUUUGUCUUUAAAAAAGGACAAUAGUAAAACGUUCUUGAUUUAAUAAAAUUAUAAGAUUAUAAGAAUCUCUUGACAUAACUUAAUGUGAAUGUUAUAGACUAACGUUAUCAGAAUUCAUUUUAAAAAAUAUUA